GAGAUCUAAUCACCGCCCGUGAGAAAACGAGAACGAGAACGAGAUGAGAAGGUACGCGAAGAUGGAGAUCUCGCCGGAGGUGGGAGGGGUGAGAACGAGGGCGAGGACGAUGGCUCUCAGGGCGGCGGCGGCGGCGGCGGCAGCGAAGAAGAGGAAGACGGCGGCGGUGGCUGUCAUGGGGCCGGAAGGGGUCCAGAUCUUGUACCUUCAGCUACGGAGCCGUAGCUUGGUGAUGACACGGCGGGUGGCGAGGUCGACGGUGCAUUCUGAUCACCAGCAAGGUGGUGGUGAAGCCGACUGCGUUUCUCGCUGCUCCAGCAACGCGACCAGCGAGGUUGUGCCACGGCGAGCAUCGGAGAUGGAAUCUCGUGAUUCGGAGUGCAAUCGAGCGAGGAGAGAAUCAACGCCGAUGAGUGAGCUCCAGGCGGUGGAAUCAGACGGCGGAGAAUCAACAGCGGCGAGGCUUCCGGCGAGAUCAACGUCCAAGAUCUUCCCACCGGCCGACGAGAUCGAAGCUUUCUUCUCCGCUGCUGAGCGAGAAGACCAGCAACGCUUCACCUCCAAGUACAACUUCGACGUCGUCAACGAUACGCCACUAUCCGGCCGGUACGAUUGGGUUCGUUUAAAGCCGUAAGAACACCGACCAAUUUAUUAUUAUUCCCAAAAAAAAAAAUUUGAAGAAAAAUUAGGGAAGAAAAAAAGAGAGAACGAAACUAGAAAGUAGCAUUAGAAAGGGGGUUUUCUUUUUCCUUUUUUUUAAUUUCUUUUUUAUUUCCAUAAAUUAGAUGAAUUAAAUUCCAUUGUACAGCAUCUCUAGUUCUCUUCUCUCCCACCCCCCCGAAUGCGUACGAGAGAAGCUUCUCUUGCUCUCUCUGAAGUCUGAACUCCUCCCCUCCUUCUCUUCUCGUCUUCUUCUGCGGUUUUCCAGACCGCGCUGUAAUAAAAAUCACUCCUUUUUUCCUCUUUGUUUCU